UUCAAAUUUUUUUUUACUAUUUAUAAUAAAAUAUCUAAUUUUAGAAGAAACAUUUUUGGACUCCCCAAUGUCUUCAACAUCUCGUAAUAGUUCGAUUGUUCAACCAGUCGAUAAUGUUGUUAGACUUUGUCUUUAUGGCGAGAUGGAAAUAAUGAAACUCAAUCUACAGCCCGACAUUCUAUACUUCGGUGAUCUAAAUGUUGGAGAAAUUUCUCAACGUGUCAUUUGUAUUUCAAAUUUAUCGAAGAUUGAAUCAGUUUCGUUUCAAUGUCAACCAAGGCCAGCUGUUCAAUUUAUUCCAAAAUCUGCGAAAUUGAAACCUGAAGGAUCUAUUGAAGUGAUCGUUAAGGUUCAAGCUAGAGAAAAUGUUGGAUCUUCGUUUGUGCUUUUAAUCAAUGUUAUUAUGGAUUCUGAAGAUUCAGUUUUAUCGAAAUAUCCAACGAAAGUGAAAAUCGGUACUUAUCGCGUGACAUGCAUGGUAAAUGUUCUUCUCAAGACUAGAAAACCGAUGACUCAGUUCGUUACAGGUAAUCUCUGGAUAACUCCAUUGAUAACUCAUGAAGUUGGUUUUAUGACGGAAUGUGCUACUUUCGGUUCGAAUAUAAAGAAACCACAACAGGCAAUGUUAUUAGUUGAAAAAGAUCCGAAAAGACCGUGGGCAAAUAAAAAAUUAAUUAAUGCAAAUAUUAUUCUUGAUAGUGUACCUGCUUAUCCAAAUGACACACAAAAAUCUUUGAGACCUUAUAGAGGAUUACCGGUAAAAACUAUUUUUACUGGUAAACCGCGUUACUCGGGUGGUCCUAUUCAUCCUGAAGCUUUAUCCGUUAAACAAGCGAAUACCGUAAAUAAGCACCGUUUGUAUUGGGCUGCUUAUCUUCAUAUGUCACGAUUAUCACGUAAAAAUAUAAUGGAAACAUCGGUGGUGAAAUUUUCUCAUAAUGCAGAUAACGAUGCUGAAAUCAUUUCUCGGCUUACGCGAAUUCCUAAACGGUUUAAAGAAUUACCACGGAUAUUUCCUUGCGAGAAGUUCCUUGAUAAGAAACCUUCGAGUUCUGAAAUCAACGCUGAAGUGUUGAUUCCGUUAUCGCCGUUACAAAUAUAUAAUGUUUACAUUUAUCCUACAACAAUCGAUUUUGGAAUGGUGGCAUGGAAAACAUUUAGCUAUCAACAAUUAAUUGCUUGUAACAAAAAUGAAUUUUCGAUAAAAAUUCAAUUUAUAAGUCAUUUAAAAAAUAUUCGAUUUCCUGAAGGGGAUACAAUAAUUUUACAACCUGAAAAGACUAUGACAAAGCUCGUUGAGUUUUACAGCGAUCGAAUGGGAAAAUUUAAUAAUUUGAUAAAUUAUAAUAUCAAUGACAAUCACCUUUUCGAACUGAACGUAAUCGCAGUAAUUGUACAUAAGGAUUUAUCCAUCAAUAAGCGAGAAAUUAUAAUCGGAAAAGAUUAUUUGGAAGAUGAAUCAUAUAGACCACAGUGGUCCAUUAUACAAAUUAGAAACAAAUUGGAUGCUCCAACGUGCUUCAAAUGGAACAUACUUAACUCUUCUAGUUUCUAUAUAGAGCCAAAAUAUGGUACUAUACGAGGUAACAGUAUUUUAAAUACGUAUGUGUCGUACAAUACUGAUUUUUCAAGAUCACCUUUUGCUGAGAUGAUUAUAAAAUGCGAAAGCGGGACUUUUUCGACAUUGCAGUGCAAUGUCGUAUUACCCGUAAAGCCAAAAGUUGUAUUCGUCAAUAAUCGUACAAAUUUAGGGGAUAUAUCUCUUAAUUUACCAUCCAGAGCGUACGGAAUUUUAUUUAAUUCUGAACUCACAGAGGUUUUUUAUGAAAUUGACUCUGCAUCUUUAAUACGUGGGUGCGAAAUUAAUCCACCGAAUGGAAUAGUACCACCACGAGGGAUUGCUAUUCUCGAGGCAUCUUUCAAGUUCGAUGUAUGUAUCGAUUUUACCGUUAUAAUAUGCAUUAUCGUUCAAAAGCAUAUAAAAUUACAGUGGAAUGUUACAGGAAGCGUGCCAUUUCCACAAUUAAAAUUUACACCAUAUUUCAUAGAACAGCAUCGUGUAAUCAUAGAUACAUUUCAGAGUCAUCUGAUAACGGUAAAUAAUAUUGGAACAACUAGGUCAAAAUUGCAAUUUGUUUUAGAAGAGUAUCCUGAAUUUAGCGUUGUAAUAAUACCAAACAAAAAUAUCGUAGGUAUUGUGAUAAUUCCAGCAGGAUCAAGUAUGAGUUUUUAUCUACAUUUUCAACCGCUCGAUCCAGCAAGUUAUGUUUUUUAUCUUCCAAUAAUUAUCAAUGAUUUACUUGGACCAGUAUUGGAAACAGAUCCGAAAACAUUAAAAUCACAUGAAUAUCUAUUGUCACAAAAAGAAUUUUAUAAAGAUAUAAAAGGAAUUACGUUUCUUAAAUUACCCUUGAAUCUACCUAUUAUUUCUAUUAAUUUCACGGUUGCUGGACGUGCUGUACUGUUCAAUAAGUUCAAAUUUAAUUUUAAUGUCGCCAGCGAUAAUGUAAUAGAUGAGCUUAGAAUCGACAAUCCUGAUACGUUGAAAGAAGUUAUAAUAACUAUAAAAACAGAUAAUUUCAUAGAGGAAGACUGUCCAUUUUAUAUCCAUUGGUCUUAUGGUACCUUUCCAAUGAUAACGUCGACGUCAAUUGUAUGUAUGUUACUUCCAAGAGAAAAAAUUGUUUUUUCUAUUGGAUUCAAGCCAAAUUGUCGGGGAGCUUUUAAGCUCGAAGCCCUAGUUUUUAUACGAAGGAAUACAGAAGAUAUAUUAUUUAAUACAAUUCAUUUUGAUGGUAUUAAUGCAGAAGAAUCAAUGAAAGCCGACGUCUCUGAAAUAUACCUUUUACCUGUACCUUUUAAUACUUGUAUAGAGGAAAGAUUCAAACUAAAAGCUCAAUAUUUUGAGCAUACUUCGAACAUUUCAUGGAAUAUAUUACCACCUGAUAGAUGUAGUGGCUAUUUUAAAAAUGAUAUGUUAACUAUUCGCUUUCCAAAUAAUAAUAUUAUUCCUGCUACAUCGUACACCGAAUUAGAUGUUAUUGUCUCGUUUAAAAGCAAUUCAACAGUAUCAUUUUGCACAAAGAUUGAAUUUCACGCUGAACGAAGCCUUGUUGUAUGCUUCGUGACAGUUUAUGCGGCAGCAGAUAAUAAUUUGCUGACAACUCACGUUUAUCUUACAACUACGUUCGAUUAUAAUGACAAAAUAAUUUACGAAAAAGAAAUAGCAAUGCCUGUUACGAAUUCAGUUAUUGAAUAUGAAACAGAAGAAGAUGAUUACAAUAAUAAACAGAAUUCUUUAUACUUUCCAAGACAAGAAAAAAAUUCUACUGUAAGAUCACAAACCAGAAUUUCGUACCAAGAAUCAUCCAAUGUUAAAAAAAAAUUAUUGACUUCGAAAUUUAAUACGGAAAAAAUUGAGAAAGAUGAAAUUGAUGAUAACGAAUAUAUUCAGGAAGAAGAGGUAUUUUUAAACCAAACUCAAAGUCUGGAAGAUUUGUCUACCUCUUCUAUCGAAAUAUCUGUUGAGGAUAAUAACGUUUCUAGCAAAAUAAUGUAUCCUUAUUUUCCAGAGAAUAAUGGAAUUGUGAAGUAUGAUUAUGAACAACAUAUGCAUGGUAUACUACUAUGCGUCGAGCAAUGGUUAUAUACAAAUAUUUUUAAAUAUAGUUUCUAUGCAAAUAUUUCGAAUGGUAUCACAGCUAUUUUCUCGAUCGUCAAUCAAGAAGAAACAAAAAGUAGUAAUAUUAAACAAAAGAAUCGAUCAUUUGUUUCAUUAUUAUCACGUGUUAAAUAUUGUCAAAAAGAAUAUCAUUUCAAUGUUAUUAGGCCAUCAUUGCCUCUGGAUGAUAUUUUACGAAUUGAUGUUAUCCUUCGACAAUAUGAAAGAAUACUCGAUUUUUUACUCGAACAAGGAGCAUGUUUGGCUCAUGUAUCAGCAUACUUUCUUUUGAAUUACAAUGAUUAUAUUACUUUCAUUGAUUCCAUACAAUUUUCUUUACAAAGAAAGAAAAUAGAAUCUUAUCAAUUUACAAAAUUAUCUAAGUCAUUAUUCGAAUCAAGAAGCAAACAAUGUUGGCUGGAUUUAAUUUUGCAAACAUAUAAAUGUUUUAAAUUAAGUUAUAUAAAUGAGAAUGAAUUAAGAACAAAAUUAACAGUAUGUUCAGAAGAAUUUUCAAAGCGAUUUAUAAAUUCUCGAGAGUUCGUGUCGACGACUGAGAGGUUUGAAGAGAAUUCGUCCAGUAUUCAAAGAAUGAUAGAUUUUCAUGAUAAAUCCGUCGAAAAUGUUAUCAAUCUUAUGCACGAACGUAUAAAAGAAAGUAGUGAUCGUUCGAACGAAGAAGUAUUAUUGUUAUCUUGGUUGUAUCAUCAUUAUGAAGAACAAAGAACUCAAGAUUGGUUAACCGAUAAAAAAAUAACAUUAACUUCAUCAAAGCAAAAUAAUAUAGCACAUGAAAAGAAUAUCAAUAAUUUCGAUUUCAUUUUGUCAGACGGCCUCGUAUUAAUCGCAGUUACUGGUGCUUAUUGUCCUUUUCUAAUUGACGAGUAUUUUUCAAAUUUAUAUAUUAAUCCCAAAAGUAUCGAAGAGGCAUUACACAAUGCAAUUUGUUUGGUAACCAGCUGGACAAAAAUUAGACUUGGUUUUAUGAUAACACCCUCACAAAUUGUUCAUCCUAACAGUGUGCAAAUGUUGAUGCUAGUUGUCCAUUUGUUUGAAACUUUACCUUCCUACUUACCGAGAUUAAAGAUAAGAUUUAAUUGUCCUUUAACGAAAACUGUCAUUAAACAAGUAACUUUUACAAAUGUAACGGAUAAUCCAGUCGAAUAUUUGUUAGUUUUUAUUGGCAACGACAAUGGUUUUUUCUCGUUAGUACAAACUCAAUCGCACAUUCGUAUUAAUGCUCACGACGGCGUACAAGUGAAAAUAUGCUUUCAUGCAAAAAAGAUAAGAAAAACAAAAGCGUAUUUACUUCUAUGCGGUGCUGCAUAUGGCCCACAAUUUGGUAUUAAUCAAACUUAUAUAUUGGAAGGUAACAUUAACAACUUAGAAGUAUCGCAAAAACACAUCAUACGUAGUAAACUUUAUCAAAUCUUGAAUACCAUUUUAAUCAUUAAAAUACCAUAUAAAAAUGCAGCAGAUUACGAAAUAUGGAUGACGGAAGAGCAACCGACUAAUACAUCAAAUUUAAAAAUGACAAAAUGGUCAGAAUUACGAACAAGAAAAGUACUUAGAAGAUUAUUUUUGAACCAAAAGAUUAUCACAGUUGAUGAAGAUGUAACGGAGGUUAAUUUAGGAAUCACCGUUGCAUGUGUAACACCUACUACUAGAAAAUGUUGGCUCAUUUGUCUAUCUGAAACGGGCGACUUCAUUAUUCAAAUAAUUUCACGUUGUCAACCAACUGUAAUCGAUCAUAUUGUGGUACAGUAUAAUAAAGAAUACAAAGAGUGUAUUUGCACUGAUGACCGAGGAUCGAAUGCGGAUUGUCCAUGUAACGUUACAGUUCUUAUACCAUCUCGGAAUAAUAAACUUUGGAACUGUAUAGCCCAUAUGUUCCAGAAAACAUUAAAUGUCAAAGAACGCGCGUUCUGGUCUCGAUAUUUAGACACACAUAUUGGAUUAAGACUAAUACACUGGUUCAUGGGUCAUAACAUUGAGACCGCGAAUUUAGAAUUCACGCAUAUAUUUAAAGCAAAAGUUAUGUACUCUGUUUCUGCAUCAAAAGAAAGUGAUCUUCUCACAGUACCAGAGACUUUUAUCAUAAAUGGUAAAUAUAUUUGCUUAAUUGUAAGUGUCACCCUUCUUGCUGUUUGUUUAAAAUUUUUUUUGUCCGUUUAUAUAAUAUCUGAAUUAUGCUAAAGGAUUGAUUUUUUAAAUAUUACUAUGUACGCAGACGUGAGAUUAGCAAAUCAGUACGUUCCAAUGAUUGUUCAUCUUUUACCGACUGAUUUUCGAGUAUAUGAGACAACGUUAUCUUUGACUUCUGAAGAUGGUAAAGAAUUACGGCUUUAUGAAGUCAGUUUUUUGCAUGUCGAUGAGUGAGUACAAUUUUUAAAUACAAUUAAUACUUAGUUAUUGAUUAUACAAUACAUUUUACGAACGCAAGGAGAUAGGAAUAAAUUAACAACAGUACGUUUUUUUAACGUACAUGGAUGUUUUAAUGUACUUUCGUUUGUUCGCAUAAAAUUACUGGUACACAUGUACAUUUUUUUUUCUUUUUUAUAUGUAAGAUAUACAUAAAUUUAUUAUGAUAUAAUAAACAAGAAAUAUCGUCACACUGAAAAUUUCAUAAGAGAAAAUUCAAGUCUUAAAAAAUCGUUCAAUUCCAGAGAGCUUUGAGGUAUAAUAUUA